AUGCCAAGCACACGGAAGAGCCGCCGUGAACACGGUCUGGAACCCGAACAACAAGUACGUAGUGCGAGCCACCAACGAGGCCUUAAGCGCAGAGUUGGACCAUCACAAGAAGUAGGCAAUGGAUCGUCUGGGAAUCAGCGAGGUAAUGCAGACGAAAUAUUCCGAGCGACUCAGACAAUGUUGCAGCAAGCCCUAGCGGACCAUCAGACCUGCUUACGUCAAGGCGAGAGUGCAGCACCGCCUAGCGACGGUUUCGAGUCAUCCCCGUCGAGCACUAGCACACGGAGAGAGGAAGUCAGGGGACAAGAGCGCCAGAAUGACGGCAGCAGGGUUCAACACCAGCAAGGACAGACACGGCCUCGUCGGAAGCGUCGGCCUUACCGUCAGCACCGACAGAAUGCGAGCAACGCACAAUCUAAGACGGAUCAGCUGUUGAAGAAAAAGCAGGAACUGUAG